AUGGACAACACGCUGGCCGAGGCUGCCGGCAGGGUCACCGUCGUGCUUUUCAAGAGCUCCAGCGAACCCCUCGAAGAUGACCUCUACUUUCAGGAGGGGCGGAAGCGAGGCUACGACGUGCGGUUUGUGCCGGUGCUGUCCUUUCGUACGGGCAGAGACGGCAAGGAGAAGCUGCGCGAGGCCCUGCAGGAAGCCGAGCGCUUUAGCGGCCUGGUCGUCACCAGCCAGCAGGCCGUACACGCCGUUGAUGUGUGUGGCGUGACUCCAGACGAGCUCAGAGCAUGGGUUGAGGAGAAGAAGCUCUUCUGCGUCGGUCCGCAAACGGCCGACAAGCUCAGUGUCACCUUCCGAUCUGCUGGCUAUGAACGAUUGCCAGCGAUAUCAACAGCAGAGAACGGACAGCAACUCGCCGCGGUGAUCGCCCGAGAGAUGGAGGCCCUGGGGCAUGACCGACCCCCGCUCCUCUACCUUUGCGGCAACAUACGGAGAUCCGAACUGCCCACAGCUCUAAAGGGGGCAGGUAUCGCGUUCGAUGAACUCGAGGUGUAUGAGACGGUCACCAGCCCUUCGCUGCCGCCCGACCUGGCCUUCUCUGGGAAGCCGCGCGGCGCACAGCAGCAGCAACGGGUGGGUUGGAUGUGCUUCUUCAGUCCCUCCGGAGUGAAGGCCAUCCACGAGGAGCUGAACAAGCGCGGCGCUGAGGAGGAGGAAGAAGAGGAGAAUGGUGGAGAUGGAGCACCCAGAAUGGCCGCCAUCGGACCCACCACGGCCAAGGCCCUGACCGACACUUUCGGCGCGCCGCCCAGCGCCACCGCCUCUUCGCCCUGCGCUCUUGGCCUAUUCGACGCUAUCGAGCAGUGCGCCUCCUCUUCGAUGCCUCCCCGUGAGCUUGCGGCCGCCGAGGAGGUGGAUGUGGAGCCACCUGACGGACUGCUGUCCAUUGGUGCCCUCGUUGAUGACCAGUCUGUAGCCAUCGUCGCCCAGCCCCUGCUCGCGGGCCACUUGGGUAGCCACGAACAUGAGGUGGCCCACGAGCGCUUCCUCGUCCUGCUUCACGUCUCCAAUUCCUGCACGUAG